GCGUACGCGAUGCGAAAGUACAGUUACGUUUUAUAAAGUGCAUAGGAACGAGAAAGAAGUAUCUGUUACGCGAAUAUAAAUAAGACGAACGACGUAAUCUGAAAACUGGAACGUGCAUCAGCCUCCGCGUUCGAAAAGAUCUGAAUUAUUAUUACGGAUUACGACAGGGUUGACCAGAACAAUGCCGUGGCUUUCGUUUUCAUCCUGCAUCUGCGGGUAUCGAUAAUAUUUUACACCUUCUCGCGAUCUAAAUUACAUAACAAGUGUAACAGGAAAAUCAGUCGGUCCAGAAAAAUGGCAGAGGAAAGAUGGCGCGGCGUUUGAUUGGAAGUCCGAAGACUCCAGCGAAAACAAAUCAACCACCUCGAGCGCUUUCAUCUUAAUCAAUAAACACACGGGAUAGACCAUCGGAGAACAUUAAAGAUGAAUCGAACCUGCCAAACGAAAUGGUACCGGUCGUCCUCUUCGUAGCGUUCCGAGGAAAAUAAUAAAACCUUUCAAAAUGGUUCCACGAGCGGACGAGCGCCGCCGAGCGGCGAGGAUCAGGAACCGAGAGACGCAGGUAGCACUCGCGUUAGUCUCCUUUCUACCUAUAAUCGAAACUGCAUGAUCGUAUGUACUGUGCCGCUGACAAUGAGCCGCGGCGGUGACUGUGAUAAGUGAUCGCGUACCCUUCCUCGUCGCUAAACGCGUAGUGGCAGUGGAGAAAGAUAGUACGUCGGCCAAGGAAAGAGUCUACCUCUUGAUGACUCGCGCUUUACGCAGGGCGCAACGUAGCCGGAGCUCACAAUUAUGUUCGAUGUACCGCCCAAGUUCUACGAGCUGUGUCGCCUUUGUUUAUCGUCGGACGGUGUCAAAUUGUCCAUAUUCGAGGAGGAGGGCGCCCAGCGAAACUUCGCCGACAAGAUACUGACGUGCCUCUCGAUUACGGUGAAAGAUGGGGAUUCAUUACCACCGAUCAUUUGUCACCGUUGUGUGUACAAGUUGGAUGUACUACACAACUUCCGUGAGGUGUCACACAAAUCUGAUGUCAUACUCAAACAGUACCUGGAUUAUGCCAAGCAGUUAUCAUCGCACGAUGAUCAGAAGUCUUUCUCCACUGCCAAAGUAGCAGGCUUAAGUCCUCUACAGUCAUUUCUCCAAUUGAACAAAACAUUGUUCAAUGAGGAGCCUAACUCUCCGGCCAGCAUUAAUCAAAACGUUAUACCUCAGACACAAACGCAUCAUUUGGAGUUGCGCACCAAUGACAUGCCAGAGCAUGAUAACAUUAAGUGUGAACCAGAAGAUGACACGUGUUCGAACAGCUCUGAUCCAGACAGAUUAGAAAUAGAAGAUCGGGACGAGCAGGAUACAGAGGGGGAGGAGAAUGGUUAUGACAUGACCAUUAAUAAAAGAAUGAAAAUGGAAACAAAUUAUGAAGAAUCAAAACCAAGUACCCCCAACCACAGCCCAGUAAAUAGAAUGGACACGCCAGAAAGUAAUUGUUCAGACACCAAUAUAGACCAAGAAACAACAAAGUUGUGGCAAGCAUUAGCAAACAAUAGGAGUUUAGAGAUUACCAGGACGAAUGGCGACAAAUUGAAUAAUGGAUUCACUGGAGAGGCGACUAAUCUUCUGCGUUCUUUAAUCAACAACAGACAAAUCGGUAUUACCGCUGUCGAUGCCGACAGAGUGUCACCGCAAAUUCGGUUUUACAGAGACACACAGGGGACAACAAUUGAACGUACAGUACCCGACUGUUCCGUACUCGGCAAUCGUACCAAUGUCCCCUGUAUAGAAAACAAGGGUACUUCCGUGGAUAGUAAUCCGUCUAGCCCAGCCAGUAUCGGUCGGAAGGAGACAAAGGGCCGUAGAAAACAAAGUUACCCUAGUAAAGCACCAAUGAGUCCAGACAUUGUUAAUUACCAGCACGAACCCAACGAAGAACAAGCACAAGAUUUUACUGCGUGGUCAAAUAAAAUGAAGGUGAAGGUGGAAGACCAGAAACAACAAUUUGAUCAGCACAGCGGUAACAUGACUAAAAAAGUAGACAUGUCCUGCACAAAUUGCGGCACCAUGACUACAACCAUUUGGAGAAGAAACAUGAAAGGGGAGAUGGUUUGUAAUGCUUGUGGACUUUAUUAUAAACUCCACGGGGUGAACCGUCCAGUUACUAUGCGAAGGGAUACGAUACACACGCGUAGACGUAGACCUAAGGGUGAAAAACCGACAAGGCACAGAAAAAAAGGAGACACAAUAUUGCCACCGCAAUCAGAACAAAUGGAUGCAGAAAGUGCGGAUAUGUUGGCAGCUUUACGAAGACAAAUUCAACCUCACUUAAUGAUGGCUGCUGCGUUAACGCCACCACGUAUACCUGGUGCCCAUCCACCACCAGCUGCCGCUCAACUUAGUUACUCCCUCCCUUUGCCCACUUACAUGAUGCAUCACGUGAAAACAGAGGGGCGAGAACAAUGUCAUUUACCUGGUGAUGCAGAAGAAGGAGAAGAGGGGGAUGAAGAAAAUGUCUCGGAUGUACCGUUGAACCUAGUUGCGACGUCGUUAUCCGAAGACACACACUGAAAUACAUUUUGGCCAGCUUCAGAACGACUUUGCUAAGUAUAUAUAUAUAUAUAAAAAAAUAUAUAAAUAUAUAUAUAACAAGGAAUCUCUAGACAGCAUAGUCUGUCCAGUGAUACACAGGGUGUACAAGACGAGAUUGUUCUCCUUAUGAUUUCUGCUACCAAGUUCUCGUUCAAGGAGAUAUUCCCUCCUUUUCUCGAGCUCUCUUUUUUCUCUCUCUAUUCUCUCUAUUCCCGUGGUGUCGAGAACCGAAGGUGGCAGAACACAUUCUGGGGAUCCAUUUCCCGCGAGCUACCAAGCCCGUGGUGCAGAGCGCACGAAGGAACGAUGAUAUUAAAUACGCAGUAUUAAUUACGUGGUUAUUCGAAAUAUGUACAUAUAUAUACACGGAUGAUACGAAGAAUAUUUUUAUACAAAAUUUUGUACGCUUGCAGCUAGAGAGCGACGGGCGAUCGUUGUACAUACACGCGCAAAUUGUUCUUUCGGUGUCGCACGUAUUUCUCGCGUCGAAACAAGAUGUAAAAUGGUGGUCGUUAGCUGUUUUCUUAGUGACGCAAGAAACGCAGUCACCGGUGAAAGUGUCUAAGAACGGUGCUAGAUUUACUGUUCGGAAAGGCUUUAGAAGUUAAAAAGGACAAAAAGAAAAAGAAGAAAAAGAUACGAAGUAGAAUAUAAAAAAAAAUAAUGAAGAUUUGUCACUAAACGGUAUUAGUGAACGAAAUUUCACCGUUUUGUUCCACGGGCUUUUAGCUGUCAGUGACGUCGGUAACAAUCAUAAUACUCUCGUUGUCUUGCGUAAUUAUUAAGUGAAAGAAACGACCCAGCUGAUUCAAACUAGUGAGCGAGGAAAUAAGAGAAGAUGUAUUUUUUAAAUCGGCUUUAAACAGGGGAUGUUUUCCUCUCUGGUUAGGUGUGGGAGGAUUAAUGGAACAGAAAACGGUUACACGAUGUGGCAAAUGUUUACUGUACAAUUGUCCGAUGCGUAACUCGGCAAUUUGAGCUUUGCCAAAUUACGUUAAUGCCAGUAUCAUCAUACUCUAGUGGCCUUUCAGCGAUUUAUCUCUUCCCUCUACCCCGUUAGCUCUAAUCGCGCGCAGAAAGCGCGCGGAAUACUUACUUACAAAAUAACAGGAUCUUUAUUUAGACCAUGUAGGUACUUUUUAUUUUACGUGAGCACGAGACUGCCGGUGUGAACACAUUUAAUACUGUUUUUUUUCUACCUUUUACGUAUUAUCUCUGCCCCUUUCUUACUACCCGUAACGUCUCGGAAGGCUUUUCGACUGCCUCUAAUAAGCAGUCGUCGAAUAAUUUGUACUUAAAUAGACGAAACAGCGCAACCACCAUGUAAGUUAAGACUCCGAAAGCAAUAAGAAACGCGAUGGUACGUAGGAUAGAUUGUCGUCAAACAAUACUCGUUCACAUGCUCUCUCGACGACAAUGAACAAACAUACAAGAACUUCAGGAAGUAAUACUUAGAUUACACUCAUCUGUAUGCCGGACGUUAAAAGUAACAAAUUUUAUUGCUCCACGGUCGCUGCGGGCAUUCAUCGACCUCACAAUCAUAUUUUUUUUUUCUCUCCAAAUUUUUAUCCUCCCAACUCUGUUCGCUUUUGUUUGUUUGUUUUUUUUGUAUAUUUGUAGAAAAAAGAAAAGAGGAAAAACUGUGAUUUCUCUCCCGCUCGGUAAUUAACCCUGUUCAGGAUGGAUGGUCAUUUUAACCCAUGACAGAACUUCUAGUAAUAUGCAGGCGUAAAGAACGAAAAAGAAAGAAAAGUAUUGUAUACAGAAUUUUAUACAGGUUGUUGCCAAAUUAUGAUAGAUAGAUAAGUAAUUUAUUGCGGUUACAAUCGACCCAUAAAGCUUUUUGCGUUCUUCUCGGAUGAAUAUUUUUUUCGUAUUCAGUGUGAAAAUAGUAAUCGUUAAUUACUCUUUCGCUGUUAAAGAUAAUAAUAGUGUUUCCAUCGUCUUCUUUACGACAGUAGGGUGAAAAUAGGCCUGCCAGCCGGGGGUAAUCUUUUCACGGCCGUUAUUAUCUUCUUCUUCUUCUUCUCUCUCUUUCUCUCUCUUUCUCUUUCUCUCUUUCUCUCUAAGGGCUAUCACUGAUUUACUUUUUUCCGGAUUGUACAGAUCAUGUGUUAAUAAACAGGUAUUAAGGGAAGCUAAAUAGCACAUAAUACGAUGGCCAGUGCAUCUACUCAUGUAUCGUAAUAUCUAACAUUGUAUACAUAAACAACUUUGCCAAAAAUAGAUUUAGUCUGUGUAACAUAGAGUAUAGUUAAGGGCAUACGAUAAAAAUUAACGUUUUAUCUUUCUCUUUCACAACGUCAUGCACAACAUUUAUACAUUUUCUCCCUUCAUUUUCUCUCUGCCCCUUCUCCCCGCUCCCCCUGCCUUUUCUCAGUCUUCUCGUCAGUGAUACCUCCUGGCAAAAGCUGCCGCGCAGAGCUUUCAAAUUCGCUCGCAGCAACCCCGUGGAGCAAAACUUAGUCUUUAGUCGUUAUCAAAGGAGCCUUAUGAACACACUCGUAUAGAUAUAUAUAUAUAAUACAUAUAUUAUAUAUAUAUGCAUAUACAAAUAUACUAUUCUAUAUUAAUAUACGAGUACCAAUGGUACCACGGAUCAGUGCUGUUUCUUUCUCUCUCCGCCAAGACAAUUGUAAAUACGAUGAUGAAUUAAUUGGUUCGUGUGAUCGAUAUUUCAUGAAAAUAGUAUAUCUAUGAAUACACAUAAUUUAAUAAUCAGCGAUAUACGUGGACUGCGAAUAUUUAUGUCAACUCACAGUUUUAUACGUUAAUUUACAUCGGCGACAGCUAGAUAAGAAUAUCUCCUUCUUCUCUCGGCGGUCUCGAAAGAAUGAACGUUCGAGGAACGGAAACGAGAGACGGCGGAAGUGUGUAAAAGAAGAAAACAUUUUUAUUUUAUCGUGCCUUGUAUAAUCACACGCAGUCUAGCAAUACGCGUAACGGAUCUUGUAACGACGUUGAUUUCACAGGAAUGGCACUGCGCACGUGGUAUCUCGUUACUGACUACCCGAGUAUUGGAGGAAGAGACAUAAGCGAUGAUGAGGUUUCUCACUAGUGCGAUCCGAAUGACAGAUUGCUAAGCUUUCUCUCUCAUGCGUCGAAAUGAUCCUUCCAUUUAGUACAUAUUCAAUAUUUUUCCUGUUUCACGAGUAGGUUCAGGAGCGACGUACCUUUUAAAUAAGUCUCGGUCGACAACGCGCGCGCGCGAACCUUGCGGUUAAUCCGUCUUCACGUUCGGGGAUGAAACGGAUAUGUUGUGCCGACAUGGAUCAGCGGAAUCGCUUCAUCCGAAUCCCGUCGCGUUGUCUUCGCCGUUCGAUCGACUUGGCCUUUGAAACGAACCCUUCGCCGGAAUGAUCGCGUUCACCUUUUAUCUAAACGUGUUGAUGAGAAACGUUGAACCGAGUCUUCCUCGAGAUCAGCGUGGUUCGUUCGCUGAUCCGUAAUCCUUGUUUCCCACCCCCACGGGUUUCAAGAAAAUCUUCGAUCCAGCGAACCUGACGAACUUAUUUGAAAGUUACGUGACCGCUUUUAGGCUUAGCCGGUGCUCCCCCGUUCGCGGGGGAGGCGAAAUCGAAAGUAAAACGAUUUUAUUGAAACGGGGCGCGUUUGCAUUGUCAAACGGCCCCGGGAAACGCCAGUUUUAAAUUUCGUCGACGGAAACACCACUUGUGUAGCAUAACCAUUUUAUAAGUGUACCAUACGCGAAGAGAACGUACUUAUUUAUGCAGAGUAACAUCAGUUAGGCGAGGACAAAUGGAAAAAUGGACAGUUACUUCGUUAGGCAUUUUUUUUCUUCUUCAGUUUUAAUCUCUUUUUUUUGGCGGUAGCUUGUUAAAUCACACGAAAACAUUAUUAUUAUUAUUAAUUAUUAAUAUUAUUAUUAUUCUUAUAUAUAUUUUUUAUUAUUAUUAUUAUUUACAUAGGCGCGUAAGUAGAACAUAGGUUUGAGCUCUCUACUAAUUCUGAGGAAAACUAGAGGAUAUUUUUUAUAAUUAUUAGAACACGAGAAAUCGAGUAUUGCUAUUAUAUAUAUAUAUAUAUAUAUAUAUUUACAUAUAUACAUAUAAAAACAAAUUUUCA